AAUUAUUUUAGCUUCUUGCUUAUUUUUUGCAUACAAUGGUGUCACAUCGUGAGUGCUCCUAUUCAUCUGUUACGCCAACUGCUAUAAUAAUUUUGAUUUGAGAAGAAUUUUGUUUUAGGACACACAUGAAUAUAUUUUUGUUGCCUAUAUGAUUGAACAUUUAAUCCAAUAUAGAUGUGUUUUCUAUAUUAAUAUGUAUGAUAACGAGUGUAUGACGUAACUAUUGCGCCUAAAAAAUAUCAAAACGGUCCAAGUUCCCUGGACAUCGGCAAAGAACUGCAUGUGACGUGACUGUAAGGAAGACCUAGAUUCCAAACAUGGAUACAGCAAAGGAACAUACUUCAAAUGCGUGUAAAAGUGGGGGUCGUCGUCGGGUUACCAUAGAACCAGCGAUGCUGGUGGUUAUGAUCUGUAUUGGUCUUACUACACCCAUUACUGUUCAGUAUGUUAACCUCAGAGUCAAACAUAAGUACAAUAUGACGUCGGAGACAAGUAAGACAGAUUGCUUGAACUAUUCGAUUUACGAUACCAACGAUACGUCGAUUACAGAACAAAUUGAGCAUGAGGUUACGCUUUGGAGUCUAGCACUUAGUGCCGCUGGAGCGUUCCCGAUGUUAAUCUCGACGACAAUAUUUGCUACAAUGAGUGAUUCAAUCGGACGGAAGAUACCACUUUUAGUUUCUUGUAUCGGAAUGAUUGCUGACUGUCUCUCUUUUAUUUUUAUAGCCUACUUUUCUUUGCCUUUGAUAUAUCUGGUGUUAAGUCGUCUCCUUUGGAACUGUUGCGGUGGAUAUCAGUUGUUCUUUUCGGUGUGUGCCGCCUAUAUCGGUGACAUUGCCGUAAAGAGAAAACGUACUAUGAAGUUCAUCCUCUUACAGACGUUAGUAUACCUUGGAUCUGGAAUGGCUCAGGUUGGAACUGGUUACUGGGUACAGGCUACGGGAUUUAUCCCACCUUAUUGUCUUGCUGCAGUUCUCUUCAUAGUGGUCUUUCCAUACAUAGUUAUCCUAAUACCAGAGACAGUCACAAAUCAACUAUCUUGUUCCUCAGUCUUUCGGAGGUUUUUCUCUUCCUUAAAAAUGCUUUUCGUUUCAAACGAAUCCAACAGACGGGUAAAGCUUCUGUUAUUGCUUCUGUCACAUUUUUUGGCCUUUAGUACCAUUACGUACUACACACCUCUGAUAAUUUUGAAAGUUCUUGCAAAACCGUUCUGCUGGAGCUCAGUUCUGAUUGGCUAUUUCACCGCAGCGCAGCCGAUACUGAGUAGCAUUGGACUUCUACUCGGUGGUUAUCUUCUAUCCCGGUGUCUGGGUGACAAUGGAAUGAUUCAAGUUGGGCUACUCUCGGGCAUCCUCAUGAUGAUUUUCACGGGACUUUCUACAACUACCGUAACUUUGUUCGUUGUUGCAGCAGUCGGAACACUUCGCAGUAUUUCUAUAGCAGUACUUAUGUCCAGUCUUUCGAAGACUGUUGGCGAUGAAGAACAAGGUACAUUGUUUGCGUUUGUCGGUGCUUUGGAGGGCCUGGGGUUGUUCUUGGCACCGCUAACAUUUGGCAGUAUUUACAAAAUGACGUCUCAAACCUACGGGCCAACUGUGUUCUUUACAAUGGCUGGAGUAUUAUCAGUAGCUCUGGUGUUUGUUUGGAUUUUGAAAAUCAUGGAUUUAAACCUCCAAAACCUGUACAGUAGAAUAGCCAAUGACGAGCCACACACAUGACGUCGAUGCUACUAACACCAAUGCCAAUGAGGCGAUUGAAGACCGCACAUAGGCCAAAUAUAUCACAUCACUAUUUUCAGACUUAUUAUGUAGAACCCAUUCGUUACAAGAUUGGGUUGCUUGUGAUGUCUCGAUAUUAGCAUUUUUAAGAUAAUUCCCCAGCAUUAUAUAAUUAUUUAGCAUUUUAUUGUUUGGAGGUUUGCAUGGCGAAGAAAUAGCAUAUAUGUUGAAGCUUGAGGUACACCACGUAGGUAGUUCUGAACAGAACUGUUGUAGUUGAGAAAGUA